GCGCGCCGGGAACGCCCAGGAUGCAUGACUCUGGAUCUGUCCGCGGCCUAUAAAUGGCCCAGGCGGCUGCAGGUGCAAUGCUGCGCUUUCCGGCCUGGCGAGAAGUCGGGCGCCGCGCGGGGAUUGGAGCCGCAGUUCCUACUGAGGUGCCGCCGGGCUGACCACGAAGGACACCGCUUGUCUGUCUCCGCCUCCUGCUUCCCGUGAAUGCCAGGUGAUACUUAAAUACCUGUGUUUUGGACACGGUGUUCAUAAUGGAGUUUCCUGACUUGGGAAAGCACUGCUCAGAACCGACUUGCAAGCAACUAGAUUUUCUGCCAAUAACUUGUGACGCGUGUAAAAAAGAUUUCUGUAAAGACCAUUUUUCAUAUGUGGGUCACAGGUGUCCCUUUGCAUUCACGAAGGAUGUGCAGGUGCCCGUGUGUCCACUCUGUAAUGUCCCCAUCCCUGUGAAAAAAGGUGAGAUAGCAGACGUGGUGGUCGGUGAGCACAUGGACAGAGAUUGCGCCUCUCACCCUGGGAGGAACAGGAACAAGGUUUUCACGUACCGCUGCUCCAAAGAAGGAUGCAGGAAGGAGGAGAUGCUGCAGCUGCCGUGUGCUCAGUGCCAUGGCAACUUCUGCAUUCAGCACAGGCAUCCUCUGGACCACAGCUGCCAAGCCGGAAGUGGCUCAGCCAGCAGAGGCAGGGCGUCGGCAUCCAGAGCUCCUGACCAGAAGCCACGGGGCAUCGGUUGGCUGGCCCAGCAGCUCAGGAGGACAGUGAAAUGAUGGCCAGGCUGUUGUCUGUGCCACACACCAGCUCCUUUCUGUUGGAUUCUACUUUUGUGACGUGGCCUCCAAGCCUUCCUGCUUCUCCCGGGUCUUUAUAGGAGCGUCUCCCUCUGACUGCUCAAGUUAGGGCCGGGAGAUGGCUCGGUGGUAAGCGCCUGCAUCACAAGCCUGAGGACCCGCACUCCUCCCCAGAACCCGCGCUCUAAAAGAGCCGCAUGUGGUUGGUACAGUGUCAGUGCCCAGAAGGUGGAGACGGGAGGAUCCCAGGUUGGCUCUCUGACCAACAAACCAGCGGCCUAGACUAAAGAGAGAGUUCCAGGCCAGAGAGACACAGCCUCCAAAACCAAGUUGGACAGUUCCUGAGGCGGGACAUCAGAAAUUCACCUCUGGCUUCACGCUCACAGCAGCCACAUGCACACACAUGCGGCGUACAGACUGUUGGUAAAAUAAAAGACUGUUCAGCAACUUUGAAGCGGAUUAUGUUACCACAGCAAAAGCUGCUGCAAUUCAGGAGCCGCGGACCUGUGGAAACCUCAUGAGUGGUAGCCUGUGCUAAACCACUCCAGGACCUGUGUUCUGGAAAACUCUUCUGUGCAGGAAAAGAGCUUCCAACGGCUCUGCAUCCUCCCCUACAUGGCUUUCAAUGAGGUGCCUUUGGGGCACAGUCACUCAUGGUCCCCGAGAACCUGACCUUUCUUGACGCCCUUUCCUCACCUCGGCCUGGGGCUGCUGUGGAGGGAGGGGGGAGGGUGUUCAUGUGGCCUGCGGAGCUAACUCCACAGUUGACCCAAGCAGCCAGCUUAACCAUGCCGUGGAGGCUCAUGCCUGGCCUCAGGCUUUUUGCUGUUGUUUUUGAGAUAGGGUCUCACUGUGGAACUCACUCUGUAGACUGGCCUUGACCUCACAGAGACCCACCUACCUCUGCCUCCCAAGUGUGGGUACAUUUUGACUCCCAAGAAGUGGGAGCCAUUGUAGAACCACUUGGCGUUGCAGUAGAAGCGUCGUGUGUCUAAGCAUCACGGCAGAGGGCUCCUUGGCCUCUUCUCUGCGGAGCAAGAAUCCAGACAGAGCAGUGGGGUGGGCCUCGGCAGCCAUGGCGGCUCCUGUGCCACCUGCCUGGCCUGAUGGCUUGUACCGCCGGCUGCUGUGGCCUCCUUCAGAGUGUGGGUAUCUGAUGACAAGGGUCCAGCCACCCAAGCCGAUUUUGACCUUCACCCUGAGUUCUGGCACUCUUUGGGACAGUUAACUCUGAGUUAAUGUCAGCCACACACUGCAGGUCUCGUGGCCCGUAGCUGUCAUGGGAGGCCGGGGUGGGACCCGCUGCCUCUGCAGCUAAGGAUUUGACUCUCCUAAGCCAGUGUCUCUCCAGGUCCACAUCAGAACAGCUCUCGCUAGACUCAGCGCACUGACUCCUGCCCUGGUUUCUGACUAGAUCUGGCAGGGGUGGGGGGACUUGGGGUUUGCUUUUAGAAUUCAGUGUAGGCAGUGGUGCUGUGUGAGGACACUGAGGUUUUUUUUUGUUUGUUUUACCCUCCUCUUCCCAGGGUGAUGGACUCUUGAGACAUGGUCAGCAUAGCAAAGCUUUAACGCCACUGAAGUUUAAGAACAGCUGGUUCAGUAAUUGAGCAAUGUUUAAAUGUUAGUGACUUGGGUAUAGGGGUUUAUGUCCUAACCGCUUAAGGGAAUGUUUCAGCCGAGAUGGCCCCACAUUGGGAAUUGAAAGCUCAUUAGGUGGGCAGGGGCAGUGGCCCAGUAAUGAGGAGCUUGUGCUGCUCUUGUGGAGGAUGAGGGUUUGGUUCCCACCACCCAUGUGGGAUGGCUCACGACUGCACGAGAAUUUCAGCCCCAGCGUGUCCCGGGCCUUCGGGGACACAAGCACACACUCCUAAACGUAAGAAUCAGAAGGACGCUGGGAAAGGUUAGGGCCUGGCUUAGCGGUGAACACUCGUGGGUCCACCAGUGAGGAGCUGAGGCCACAUUACACAGGAAAGCACUUGCCCAGAGCCCCUCAGGCCUGGGGCAUGGCUUAGGGGAGCCCCUGCCUAUCAUGCCUGUUCUUGCCCUACUAGUGCAAGAAAACCAAACCACCAGACUUUGACGGCAAUAUCAAAUGCAAGACAUUGUUUACUUGUUGGAAGAUUUUGUAUGUGAUGGUUAAUAAAGGAGACUAGUUUA